AUGCUUCUCCCUGCACCACUCAAAGAACCCAUCGUCGCCCUUAUUGGCGAUAAAUGCUACGUCUCAUUAGUUGAAGAUUUCGAUUUAACAGAUGUGCCUUGCAUCAAGUACGCCAUUUCCAAAGCCCUCGGUUUCGGUAUCGUUCUGGGCGGCUCCAUUGUCAAAAUUCCGCAGAUCUUGACCAUUGUCAGCGCUGGUUCCGCACGCGGUCUUUCGUUGACCUCCUAUAUUCUGGAAACCCUAAGCUGCUGCAUAACUUUCUCAUACAACUGGCGUCAAGGCAACCCGUUCAGCACCUAUGGCGAAACCUGUUUCCUGACAGCGCAAAACAUCAUUAUCACGCUCCUCAUUUUGUUUUAUGCACAACGGCUCUCUGAAACAACACUCACAUUGGUCGGCUAUGCGGCUGUAUUGUAUGGCCUGACUUGUGUUGUGCCAUCCUGGGUGAUGGCCAGCCUCUAUGCUGCCACGAUCCCUUUGAGCCUCGCGAGCAAGGUGCCGCAGAUAUAUACCAACUUUGCCAACAAGUCCACGGGCCAACUGUCUGUGUUUGCCGUCGUCAACUAUUUUGCUGGAACCACUGCUCGUGUGUUUACUACAAUGACCGAACUGGAUGAUCCGUUGAUGCUUACUGGGAGCGUCUUGGCUAGUGUACUCAAUGGCAUCCUGAUGAUACAAGUGUUUUUAUACUGGGGCAAGAAAUUGGAGGAGGAAAAACCAAGAAAGGUUGAAUAA